CAUUAUUUGCUUUGACUGCGGUGAACUUUUGACAACGCGUCCGAAUUUGGUAUAUUCUACAGUCAAUUUUUGAUUCGUUGAUUUGACAUUGCCACGAUGACUAUGACUUCAGAAGUUGAGACAGGGUUUAAUUUCACAAAUGACAUGGAAAUGGGGGAUAUAAAUAGUGAUAAAAGCAAAGAACUUGAGCGUCAAACAUUGGUUGAAGUGGAAUUUCAGGCCUCUAAAGUUAUAGAAAGGCUCGAGGCAGGUGUUAGUGGCGGUGAUAAAAGUAUUAGUCAAACAAAUUCUCAGCCUAUCGGAUUUCUGGGUAAUGAUAAAAAAAAUGCGAAUGAUAUUUUGCGGCUUAUUGAAGAUGUCAUUUGCACCAGUGAUCCUGAGGAAGAAGGAGCCCCAUGGCCUCUUCCAUAUUUGGAUGAAGUAGGAAAAUUAGCUAUAGUUUCGCAUAGUAUUCUGGCCUAUCUUUCUACUCUAGAAAGAACUCAUUUACAACAUCUGAAUGCUCGGAUCAGUACAGACACAACCAGGUGGCUAAGCCACAUAUUCAGGUUUUUGGAUUGCUCCUCAUAUAUUCAUGAAGAUUCUGCUGAUGGCCUUGUUCACGCAAUAAGAUUAGCAUUGUCUAUACGGUGUCCUGGUUAUCUAGAAAAUGGUGCUGGUACCAAAGGAGCUCCAUGUUUAUAUUCAUCAGAAACAAGUCCGAUUGGGACACUACAAUAUGCAUGCAGGUUGAUAGGUUUACCACUGGGUUGUGUUAGACCCGUUCCAGUAAACACUGUUUUUGGUUCUGCUCAAACAAUGGAUUUGUCAGCUUUGGGAAGAAUGUUUGUAGACGAUACUGCCGCUGGCAUGGUACCGUUAUUGGUUGUGGGAGAAGUAGGUACUUCAAUAUGUGGGCAUAAUGAUAAUGUAAGCAGGCUGCAAGAUUUAUGUCGUACUCAUAAUGUAUGGUUACACUUAAGGGGUCAUGGGCUUGCUGCUAUAGCUGUUACACAAGCAACUGGUGUGCCAACUCGAAUAGCAGACAGCAUAACUUUGCCACUAGGAACUUGGUUAGGAAUACCUGGACUUCCUGUUGUUUCACUUUAUCGACUUCCUGAGACUGUAAAUGCCACAACAGGUCUUUUAGCUUCUAGGAGAUUAAAUUCUUUGCCUUUAUGGAUGACACUUCAGGCAUUAGGACGAGAAAUGAUUACCACACGAUUAUUACAAUCAUUUCAUUCAUGCCGGAUUCUAUGGGCGCAUCUUAAUAAGCACUGUAGCAUUAGAAUAUUGAGCAAGGAGCCUGGGGGCGAAGGUGGUGUCUAUACAAUGGCUGAUAUAAUUACUAAGGCUGUGAAUCCAACAAUAUUAUUUGAAGCAGCUGUUUCAUGUGUGGUGUUUCAAUUCAUUGGUGCUUCUAAUCCAUCACUGGAACAAACUGAAACCCAUCCAAACUCAAAUUCUGUAGAAGCUGAUGCACUCAUAACUCCAAAAAAAUGUAGUAAUCAAAAAAGGCAAUUUAGCAGAGUUCCUUCUUAUUAUGAUAAAUUAAAUUCCUGGCUUGGUCAGAUUUUGCAGAGAGAUGCUCCGCAGGUACCCCUGGAAAUAUGUGAUUUAGAUAGCGCUGGUAUUGUGUUAAGAUACUGCCCAUUAGAAGCUGCUCCAGGAGGUCCUCCUGAGGCAAGAGAUCUAGAAGAGUUUGCCGUUUGUGUUGAACAGCAAUUAGAAAUUUUAGAGGCUACCAUAAAACAUAAAGAAACAUUUGUAAGACUUGUUGAGCAGAGUCCAGUUUUGAAACUAGUUGAACUGCCAGGAUGGGCUGGUCUGGGUGGGGUUCGCUAUGCACCAGAAGGUUGGGAAGCAUUAUUAACAGAUCAAGCUAAAUCAGAAUUAAAUAAGUUAAACUGCGCGUUAGUUGAAUCUUUGAGAGCUACAGAUGGUGCAUUUUCACAAGGUGAAGGAAUUGAUGGUCUGAUUUGUGUAAGAUUUGGGAUGGUCACUGCUGAAACAGAUGUAGAAGAGCUGUUGGGACUUGUUAUGUCAGUUGGUCGUUCAGUUCAAGAGUCUUCCAGAGUCAUGGAUUCAAUGACGGAAAUUGUUAAAAAAGGCAUAGAAGCAGCAACACUGGAUUUGCAAAGAGAAACAGAGGAAAAAUUGUGGCAAGAAGGAAUUUUAAGACAUGUUCCAGUGGUAGGAAGAGUAGUAAAUUGGUGGUCCCCUCCAAAUAAAGAAGGAGGAAUUAAAGGGAGGAGUCUGAAUUUAACACAAGGUGUUGUUGAGAGUACCGAAAAUAUUUACAGAUAUCAUAUGCAAAUUGCUGGUGGCACACAAUCAAUAUCUGGUAGUAAAACACCACCAACCCCAUUGGUUCAAACUCCUGUUGGGCCAACUUCUCCUGGAAACACAGAUAUUCCUGGUCAUUCUCGGACAUCCAGUCACAGUUCACAAACAAGCAAAACUCCCAUUUAAUGUUCUGUUAGUUACAUGGUUAGUAUAUUUAAAAUUGAAGUAUUAAACUUAUUAAUUUUGUAUUGAGUGUAAAAACUUUUGGGUAGUCUCAAACUGUGGGCUUGUCAGAAAAUGAAACUUAGGUACAAAUAGAUAAACUUAUGAAUUUCAAAUAUGUUUUACAUUUUUUAUUGAAAGUUUCAAAUUCACAAAUUUUAAUCAGCUUCCAACAAACUAAAACAUUCCCAAUUUAUAUAAAACAUGAAUAUGAGAUACUUUCAGAUAUUCAGUUACUUUUUAUAUUCAAUUUGUAAUUGUGUAUGUUUGUGUAUAUAUAUACACACACAUACAUACAUACAAUUAACCAAUAGAAGUUUUUCUUAACUGAAUUCACAAAGGACGCUCAUAAAAUUGUUGAACUUUACUUAUGAUAAGACUUGUGAAAAGUUUUCACAUAAUCUUUAAUAUGGCCAUUUCAGUUUUCACAGUUCAAUGCUUCUUGAAGCCAGUUAAGAAAUACAUAGAUAGAAUAUAGGAUAGACAAUAAAUAAGCUGUGAAGCAAAGCUUUCAGUUAUAUCAUGUAUUAUACAAACA